CCACUUCUCACUCAUUCGCCCACUCACUCGCCCACUCACUCACACACACACGCACACACACACUCACACAUGCGCGCACACACACACACACACAUUUUCUCUCCCUCCGACUGCGACUUGCUUGCUAUCUCACACACCUCCGCGAAGGCUGCAAUGGGCUGUGUCUGAAUAAAUAAAAUGUCCCGAUGCGUCGCGUCUUCUUCGUUCUCUCCCGUUCCAUCCAACUCACAUCUGCUCUCUUCUUUCAUCACACUCGCCGCUGUCCUAUCCCUUCUCCCAAGCCAAAAAAAGAACUCUGUCCCCAUCUUGGGCAGCAUUCACCCCCUUAUAUACCCGACUUGACUCAUCUUGACAAGGCCACGACUUGUAUUAACCCGCGCGCGCGCCUACCACACCACACCACACCACCCACAUCGAAUUUUGAAAAUUAAAUUUCAUCUUUACAAAGACCGAACAGGACACUGCGCAUACAAUACGAUAGACACCUUCAUUUUUGUGCCUGUACAAGGCGAAAAGGCAUCUGCGCCUCGAACUGCUUCACCGAAUCGACUUACACUUUGAUCGGCAACCCUCGCGCGCCCAGGCGCCAACAGCCAGCUAUCAUGUCUUCGGCCAACAGAAAGGAGCAGCGCGUCUCCUUCCAGACCAUCCCAGCCUCCAAGAGCCACCGUCACCAGACGAGCGACUCGAGCGUGGGAUCCGACUUCAGCUCGAGCCCCACGCCCCAGGAGUACUUCGACCUCGAGAGGAACCACAUCAAGCUGAAGGAGGAAUUCCUGGCAACGAGGAACAAGCUCAAAGAAGCCGAAGCCCAGCUCCAGGAGGCUAAUGCCCGGUUAAGCGCCAUGGAGAAUACCGUCGAGGUCUUGGAGAACGACAACAAGGCCCUGGAUCGCGAGAAGCGCAACCUGCGCACAGAGGUCGAGGCCCUUCGCGAUGACAUCCGCAAGUCUCGCUCAAGCCCACCCCGGGAAUCGACUAAGAUGAUGUCGGGUGCCCUCCCACCCCACCCGUCUUCUCCCAAGGAGCACAAAGAGCACAAGGAGCACAAGAGCUCGCGCCGCAGCGAAUCCAAGCACCACCGCAGCGAGUCUAAGCACCGCCGCAGCGAGAGCAAACCUCGGAAGAAUACCGAAGAGAAGGAGCUCGAGAAGCGCGUCAAGCAGGACAAGGAGCGUCUCCGGGGCCGUUUCGACCACAAGGACGACAAGAGCGUCGCCUCCAGCACCAGUUCGGGCCGCAGCAAACAGAGCGGCGGCUACAUGGAGCCCUUGGGUCCUGCUGCCUCCCGACCCGUUCCCGCCGUGGAGCAGGCGGGCCGUCCCCGUCACUCACACCACAACUCCAUCAGGCCAGCCGUCUACACGACAACCACCAUUGCCGAGCCCGCUUACGGCGCCUUGCCACACAGCUCAGCAUACCAGGACUACGACGCCGAUUACUAUCCUGAUGCUACUUCACAAUACGUUCAAGAGGACGGCGGUUAUCACUUUCACCCUCUGCCGGUCGACCCACCACGCGGGAGAUCGCACCGGUAAAAAGCCGACAAGCAAGAAAGGGAGAAAAAAGAAACCAAAAAAAGACCUGUGUGACGCAUCACCAC